CUCCCCCCAGUGCGCGUCCGGCGGCCGGUGUGACUCGCUGUCCCGGCAUGCCGCCGGGCCGGGCGGAGCGGGGCGGGAGCGCGGGCGAGGGAGGCUGAGGGGGCUCGCGCCGCGCACGGGGCCGCUGCCGCCGCCAUAGUGGGAGCCGCGGUCACUGGCUCUGGUUGAGGAUUCAGAAUGGGAGACAAGCCUAUCUGGGAGCAGAUUGGAUCCAGCUUUGUACAACAUUACUACCAGCUUUUUGAUGCAGACAGGACUCAGUUAGGAGCAAUAUACAUUGAUGCAUCAUGCCUUACGUGGGAAGGACAGCAGUUCCAGGGCAAAGCAGCCAUUGUUGAAAAACUCACUAGCCUCCCUUUCCAAAAAAUACAACACAGCAUCACAGCACAAGACCACCAACCUACACCUGAUAGCUGUAUACUCAGUAUGGUAGUGGGACAGCUUAAGGCUGAUGAAGAUCCUAUCAUGGGAUUCCACCAGAUAUUUCUAUUAAAGAACAUCAACGAUGCCUGGGUUUGCACCAAUGACAUGUUCAGGCUAGCACUGCACAACUUCGGCUGAGCUGUCCAUCCCGAGGCACCCGGGCUUUUUUUUUUUCCUUUUUCUUUUUUCUUCCUUUUUUUUUUUUUUUUUUUUUUUUUUUUCUUUCUUCCCCCCAUUUUCCUCCUCUCCUCUUAACUGGUAUUAUUCACACUCACGGAACAUUCCAAAUAUCAUACACAAACCUGCAGCACUGCAGAGCGUGAGCAAGCAAGACUUGUGACCUGCCCUUCUGCUGAGUUUACAUUGUCACUAGAUGAGUUUCUUGUGCAUGAUGUUUGGAAGUUAGACUUAGCUGCAUUUGAUAAGAGAAAUUUGUGUUGUACCAGCAUGCCUCGGAAAGAACUUAUAAUGCAAAGGUUGUUGUUUAUGUACUGACAAGAUGCUCUAUAACCCAAAGAAAUGAAAGAACAGCAGCCUGUACAGCCCAGUUAUUGAUUUGUCAAAUGUUUCAAUGCUACAUUACACAAUAAAACAGAGAUUUUCUUAAAAGUUUAAA